AUGGUAGAGAUGGAGAUGGUGGAGAUGGAGGUGGUGGAGAGGGUGGAGAUGGAGAGGGUGGAGAUGGUGGAGAUGGAGAGGCGUUGGGCUGGGCUCUGGGGCCGCUCCGGAAGGGAACGCCCGCGCUCGCAGGAGAUCGGCCGCAUCUCCAUCGAGAUGAACGGGACCCUGGAGGACCAGCUGAACCACCUGAAGGAGUACGAGGAGAACAUCGUGGAGUACAAGCCCAACCUGGAGCUGCUGGAGCAGCAGCACCAGCUGGUGCAGGAGGCGCUCAUCUUCGACAACCAGCAUUCCAACUACACCAUGGAGCACCUGCGCGUGGGCUGGGAGCAGCUGCUGACCACGAUCGCCCGGACCAUCAACGAGGUGGAGAACCAGAUCCUGACCCGCGACGCCAAGGGCAUCAGCCAGGAGCAGAUGCAGGAGUUCCGCGCCUCCUUCAACCACUUCGACAAGGACCACGGCGGUGCCCUGGGCCCGGAGGAGUUCAAGGCCUGCUUGAUCAGUCUGGGCUACGACGUCGAGAACGACCGGCAGCCGAAGCGCCGCACGGACUCCGCCGACUUCCGCGCGCUGCUGGGCCCCGCGGGAUCCGGCCUGGGCGACGCGGAGUUCCAGCGGAUCAUGGCCGUGGUGGAUCCCAACGGCAGCGGCAGCGUCACCUUCCAGGCCUUCAUCGACUUCAUGUCCCGGGAAACCACGGACACGGACACGGCCGAGCAGGUCAUCAACAGCUUCCGCGUGCUGGCCGGGGACAAGAACUACAUCACGGCGGCCGAGCUGCGGCGGGAGCUGCCGGCGGCGCAGGCCGAGUACUGCAUCGCCCGCAUGGCGCCCUACCCCGGCCCCGACGGCGUCCCCGGCGCCCUGGACUACAAAUCCUUCUCCACGGCGCUGUACGGCGAGAGCGACCUCUGAGCGGCCCCCCGGGGCCCCCCGGAUCCCCCGGGAUCCCCGAGGAUCCUGGAUCCCGACGGUCCCCGACGGUCCUGGAUCACCAAGGGUCCCCCAGGAUCCCUGAGGAUCCCGGAUCCCUGGUGGUCCCAGAUCCCUGAGGGUCCCCCCAGAUCCCUGAGGAUCCUGGAUCCCUGAUGGUCCCGGAUCCCCGAGGGGCCC